CUCGACAUUCCUCGCUGCGUGUAAAUAAAAAUUCAGGAAAUACUUCCUCUUCCCUGUCGAAGCCGAUUUAUAUCUCUUUUUCUUCGUGCUUGCGGUAUGACGUCCACGGCAAGACCCAGCAGGCCUCCUCCCCCUGUUCCAAAGCCAGGUCAUGUUAAGGUAGUGAGAGCCUUGUAUCACUACGAUGCUCAACAGAGUGAUGAAUUGUCUUUUGAGGAAGGUGAUACCUUGUAUAUUCUUGAUAUGAGCAACUCUGACUGGUGGAAAGCAAAGUGUGGAGACAAAACAGGACUUAUUCCUAGUAAUUACGUGGACAAGAAUACAGAAGUUAUUGACUACCCUUUACAUGAAGCAGCCAGGCGUGGAAAUAUUACUUUUAUGAGGGAAUGCAUAUCAAAUAAUGUUUCUGUAAAUGCCCUAGAUAAAGCUGGAUCCACCCCUCUACACUGGGCAGCACAUGGAGGACACAUUGAUUGCAUGCAGAUGUUGCUUAACUCCAAGUGUCAGGUCAACGUUCAGAAUAAGUUAGGAGAUACCCCAUUGCACUCUGCGGCCUGGAAGAAUCAUGCAGAGGCUGUCAAGCUGUUAAUUGAGAAAGGUGCCAGGGUGGAUAUUAAGAACAAUGAGAACAGACUACCUCUGGAUCUCACCAAAGAUCCUGAAUGUGCAGCUUUAAUUAAACAAGCAGCUGCUCCCAGGAAUAGCUAUACUAAUGAUUACGGGGAUGACGAGGACUCGGAUUAGAGAGACUUCAUACUUUGAUACAGUCUCAUCAUAAUGGUGAAAACUUAGGUUGAUUCCUAAAACUCCCAGCACGUUGUGCAGCCAGUGCUAUGGGUACUCUUUGUAAUACAGAGGCAUUCUUUUUUUGUAUGUUGGUGUGCAGCAUUCCUGUUUUCAUGUUAGUACUGUCACAUGGAAGUUUAAAUUUUAUAUUAGGUAUAUUUUUUUCACAAAUUAUGCAUGAAAAAUUCUUACAAGGAAGGUUUAUUGGUGAUUUAGUAUUCGUAGUCACAUCUUGGUUAUUUCUCAUGCUAGAUUUGUAUUUCAAUGAAAAAUUUUUUUGUAUACAGUGCAUACACAUGUUUUCAAGAGCUAUAAAGAGCAAAUUGCAUUUAUUUUAUGCAGUUUUAAUGGUCAUCUGUAUUUUUUAGGGAUAUCUUUGUAUUUGUUGUGCAUCUGUUAAUAUUGUCAUGUAAUUUAUGCAACCUAACUAUUCCAUUGUCUUCCAGUAAUGUUCAAUAAAGUUAUUUUAAAAUGAAAUGAAUCUCAAAUUACACAAAGUUUAAAACCAGGAUUUCUUUAAAUUAUUAAAAUCUUCAAGCAUGUCCAAAAUCAAUUUUAUUUUGGCCUUUUUUUUUUCAAAUUGUAACUCUAUGUAGAUUUUCUGUAUAUUGUUUUACACACAUAAUUUGCUUAUACCUGUAUAUGGGUCACCUAAAAAAAAUCUCCAAUUAGGUACACCAGUAAUUUUUGUACAUACCAGAAAAUUAUUUAACUUACAAACUUCCUGCACAUGUCAUUGUGUUUAUAUUUUUUUUCACUCAUCUCCAUUCAAUAUUGUCAGUAAUUGAUCCAUGUAUCAUACUUAUUUAUUGAAAUUAUUGAAAAGUUAGUUUAUCUAGUUAUAUAUUUCCUAUUAAUGAUUGGUGAUUUUAGCUCACCUGAGCCAAAAAGCUUUUCUAAAAUCAUCUAUGUAUCUUUUCUUCCAUUUUUAAGUAGUUUUCAGAAACACUUUCAUUUUAAAUUUGGUUGCCACCAGGAAAAAAAAGAAUUUUUUUUUUCAAAUAUAUCCCAUUGGGCACUUUCAACCAAAUUUAGUAUGUAUACAUACAUCUCAGUAGGAAACAAAUUCCAUAUGGAGGAAUUCAAUGGUCGCUUCCUUUUGUCACGCAGGAUAUUUAAUUAAUAUCAAGUAGUUUAAUUGAUUGUAAGAUCCUCUUUCCUGCUGAGAAUAAUGACCCUAUAUUAUUUAUUGAUACUUGUAAUAGGAAGUUAUAUCUUCUAUAUCUGUUUUCGAUCAUUAGGAGAGGUUUCCUUAUGUGUGGAUUUUCGGUACCAUUGUGAGAUCCAAUAAGUUUUCCAAGAAAUGAUUGCUUAUAAAACUGAUUUAAAGUUUCCUUGUUUAUAAACUUCAGUUGCCUAUGAUAAGAUGGGGACCAAAUUAAUGCAUGCCUUUUGUAAAAUCUUUAAGAAACAGAAAACAGCCAUGAGUCCAUGACUACAUUUUGUCAUUAUACUAAAUAUGAGUACUCUUUACUUUUUUGGUUUCAUGUCAAGAUAAUUUGAAUUCUAUCAAAUUCAAACAAUUUUUGAUUCGGAGGAUUUUGAACAUUUUACAGACUUAUAUUGAAAUAUACCUUAUAUUGCAAUGAUGAAUGUUUCUUCUUUUUUUAUUUACUUGUGUAUUUAAUUGUUAUACAUGUAAUACAUUUUUUUCCUUUUGUUAUAUUUCAUUAAAAAAAAGUUUAAAGUUCUUUAAAAAGUAUGAAAAAUUUUGUAGCAUGUAAUGAUUUUUUUCCCUUCUUUAAAAUGCAGAUUUGGUAAAUUUUUGCAUUUCAUUAUGAUCAAGAUGUUAUUUUCUUUCGCAAUUCAAAGUUUAAAAUGUUUACUUUAAAUGUUACAUCAGGGGCCAGAUUCUUUACUUUAUAAAUGACCCUGCAGGUUUAUACAUGCAUUUUUUUUCUCCAAUAUUUAUUUAGUAUUGUUUAGCAUUUCUGUAAAUGUAAUAAAUAUUCAGAUCCUUGAACAAUUGCAUCUAGUCUAUAAAAUGAUACUCUUUGUCGUUGAAAGUAAUGCCUACAUGUGUAAUGAUAAAAUACAAUGAACUGUUUAUUGUCUAAUCAAGUGAAAUUCAAUACAUAAUAAAAAUAAUAGACUUAAAA